AAUACCUUUGCCCUAACCAUCGUCUUCUUCUCUCUCUCACGAUACUCUGGCUUUGAGUUUUUCCGAUUACCCUUCGUACUCUUAACACUCUCUGGUUUUAGAUAGCGACAUCAGAUCUUCAGUUUUCCGUCCUCAUUCCACGGUAUAAGAAGUUGGUUGUGCAGAUAGAAGAAAAUUAGAGAUGAGUAUUGGUGGUGAAAAAGGUUCUGCAUCAACAAAGACACCUGCAGACUUUCUCAAAUCAAUUCGGGGUCGUCCCGUAGUUGUGAAACUCAAUUCUGGUGUUGACUACCGAGGUAUUCUUGCCUGUCUGGAUGGAUACAUGAAUAUAGCAAUGGAGCAGACCGAAGAAUACGUGAAUGGACAGUUGAAGAACAAAUAUGGCGAUGCUUUCAUCCGCGGAAACAAUGUUCUUUACAUCAGUACUUCGAAGAGGACAUUAGCAGAAGGGUCGUCUUAGCUACGCUAAGAAUCUGGAUAGGAAAUGAGAGAUAAGUCGCGGAAUUGGAAAUUGAUCAUUGAAAUAGAGAAUCCAACCGUGUCGCCAUGAUGUUCUGUUCUUGUUCUUGUGAACAACUUCAAUCAAAAAUCUUGUUUAGUUAGAAAUGGAAUGCAAAUUAUGAUGAACCUUUGGACCUUUCUUUUAUUGAAAUUACUGAUCUGAUCUGCUUUGCA